CCCGCGAGCCCGCGGCCCCCGGGGCUCCCGCCAUCCGCCGACUCCGGGAGCCCGGCCUCGCCGCGCCCUGCCCUCCGCGCCGGGGGCCGCCCGCCGCCGACACGGGACCUGCUUCCAGGCCGCUGUGGCGCCAAAUCCUGAGGAGCACCUAUGGCUGUGUUAGCAGUAAGCGAAGUUCAGAAGGUGUACACUUCUCCUUGAUCAUUUUUAAGCAGCUUCCAAAGCUGCUGUUGAUGAUGCCUGAAGCUGCUUUGGAGGCAGAAAACCAACAGUGAGAUCCAGAACUGUUCUCUAAUGAUCUUGCUUCACCAUGGCUACAAAUAUGGAGGGGCUGGUUCAUCACAGAGUGGGGACCCAGCAGGUGGCUGAGAUGGGUAAGAAGAUACAUCUUAAAAAUGAGGAAAAAUAUGAACAACUGUUAUUUCUGACUUGGUGAAAAAUAAGAUCAUUCAUAAUACUGAAUUCUGGUGAUAUAUGCUGGUUUUAAAAGCUGGCUGCUUUUACUCAUCAUGGUGUCUUCAAGGCUCAUCCACUGUGAGCCUAGGUACCACGAUCACAGACCUCUCGGCCGGAAUCUCCAGGGAUGACCAGCCCCUCCCCGCGCAUCCAGAUCAUCUCCACCGACUCCACGGUAGCCUCUCCUCAGCGCAUUCAGAUUGUGACUGACCAGCAGACAGGACAGAAGAUACAGAUAGUCACAGCUGUGGACGCCUCCGGAUCCCCCAAACAGCAGUUCAUUCUGACCGGUCCAGAUGGGGCUGGAACCGGGAAGGUGAUCCUGGCUUCUCCAGAGACAACCAGCGCCAAGCAGCUCAUAUUCACCACCUCAGACAACCUUGUCCCUGGCAGGAUCCAGAUCGUCACGGAUUCUGCUUCUGUGGAGCGAUUGCUGGGCAAGGCGGACGUGCAGCGGCCCCAGGUGGUGGAGUACUGUGUGGUCUGCGGCGACAAAGCCUCUGGCCGUCACUAUGGGGCUGUCAGUUGUGAAGGUUGCAAAGGUUUCUUCAAAAGGAGCGUGAGGAAAAAUCUGACCUACAGCUGCCGGAGCAACCAAGACUGCAUCAUCAAUAAACAUCACCGCAAUCGCUGUCAGUUUUGCCGGCUGAAAAAAUGCUUGGAGAUGGGCAUGAAAAUGGAAUCUGUGCAGAGUGAACGGAAGCCCUUUGACGUGCAGCGGGAGAAACCAAGCAAUUGUGCCGCAUCAACUGAGAAAAUCUAUAUCCGGAAGGACCUGAGGAGUCCUCUGAUAGCCACCCCCACCUUUGUGGCAGACAAAGAUGGAGCAAGACAAACAGGUCUUCUUGAUCCAGGGAUGCUUGUGAACAUCCAGCAGCCUUUGAUACGUGAGGAUGGUACGGUUCUCCUGGCCACGGAUUCCAAGGCAGAAACAAGCCAGGGAGCUCUGGGCACACUGGCAAACGUAGUGACCUCCCUUGCCAACCUGAGUGAGUCCUUGAACAACGGUGACACUUCAGAGAUCCAGCCAGAGGACCAAUCUGCAAGCGAGAUUACACGGGCAUUUGAUACCUUAGCUAAAGCACUUAAUACCACAGACAGCUCCUCGCCUCCAAGCCUGGCCGACGGGAUAGACGCCAGUGGAGGGGGCAGCAUCCACGUCAUCAGCAGAGACCAGUCGACACCCAUCAUUGAGGUUGAAGGCCCUCUCCUUUCAGACACACACGUCACAUUUAAGCUGACAAUGCCCAGCCCGAUGCCGGAAUACCUCAACGUGCACUACAUCUGCGAGUCUGCGUCCCGCCUGCUCUUCCUCUCCAUGCACUGGGCCAGGUCCAUCCCAGCCUUUCAGGCACUUGGGCAGGACUGUAACACCAGCCUAGUGCGGGCCUGCUGGAACGAGCUCUUCACCCUAGGCCUGGCCCAGUGUGCCCAGGUCAUGAGUCUCUCCACCAUCCUGGCCGCCAUUGUCAACCACCUGCAGAACAGCAUCCAGGAAGAUAAACUUUCUGGCGACCGGAUCAAGCAGGUCAUGGAGCACAUCUGGAAGCUGCAGGAGUUCUGCAACAGCAUGGCGAAGCUGGAUAUAGACGGCUAUGAAUCAUCCAGGUUUGAGUGGCACAAGCCAAAUCGAAAAAUUCCAAGAAAAGGCACAGAUGGAGUUGCAGGACUACGUGCAGAAAACCUACUCGGAAGACACGUACCGAUUGGCCCGGAUUCUCGUCCGCCUGCCGGCACUCAGGCUGAUGAGCGCCAACAUAACAGAAGAACUUUUUUUUACUGGUCUCAUUGGCAACGUUUCCAUAGACAGCAUAAUCCCCUAUAUCCUCAAGAUGGAGACCGCAGAAUACAACGGCCAGAUCACAGGAGCCAGCCUAUAGCACACACCGCACACCCGCCGAGCGGCACAGGACCUCCAGACCCACCCAGACACCAAGGAGAGACAGAGUGGAGGCAUCGUGGUAUGUGCAGAUAUUCCCAGUACCCGGUUUCUUCUCAUCUGUUAACCCGACAACUGCAACUAAAAGACUAGUAGGAUCCAUUCCUCCCUAAGAAACAUUUUAAUGCCUUUUGAUGAAGCAGAUUUUGAAACAAUCUUUUAACUCAAUUUGUAUUUAGAAAUUCUCAAAGGGCAAAAAACAGAAAUGAAGUUUUAUAAUGUCAGAGAUUAGUAUUAAAGAAAACUAAAAGAAACUAAGAGAACAGUAUGUGUGUAUAUAUAUUAAAAAUGUCCUUGGAACUAAUAGCUACUAAUUACCAGGGUAAUGACAUUAGCACUUUCUGAGCACUUCUUGAUCAACGUUAGCAUUUUGCCUGUGGGCAGGGCAAAUGGAAAACUGUUUGUUAGUCUUUGCUGAAACGCUAAGGAUUCUGUGAAAACUCAGUGGGGCACAGGAGACAAUCAUUUAUGUUUAAGAAAAAAUGGCGUCACUCCUCACCACAGGCACACACUGCUGCAGGGCUCAGUUCCUGGGAACACAAAGGCGGCUGUGCAUGUCCUACACUAAGUGGGCCGGGCGGGUGGUGCUAGCACAGCUGGUGGCACCAACCCGGAGGCGCUCAGCUGCAGAGCUGGCCCUAGUCAUGUUCUCUGACCUGGUCCAGGAUGGGUGUGUGCAGACUCCUCCAGAGCCCGGGGCUCUCUUCUCAGGACUGUCCUCAGAUGCGAUUGCAGCUAGGUAAGACAUUAACUGCUGGUGAGACCUGCAGUUCCUCCGCUACCCCAGCAGAGGGCGUCUUCCAGAAAGCCUCCUUCCUGCACAGGACAGGGCUGUUACAUGCUGUCCACUGGGAGGAGGGCGACCUCUGCAAGGGGAGGGCCGUCCCCGAGGGCUUCCACGGUGGCAGGGCCCAAGUUUCUGCAGUCACUUGGAAUGGAAGGGAGCUGCCUAUGGCCUGGUGAAGGUACAGCGUUUUGGGAUUUUUUUUUUUUUUUUUCACAUUGACUUUAAAUGUCAGGGUCUCUACAGCAUCUCCAGUCUCCACUGGAAUCUCCUAGCGUCCUGACACCGUGCAUUCUGGUUCCCCGGUGCAGCUUGUGCCCAAGAUGAUAUUCUUUCUCAGAAGUUAGUGUCUGGAGCGUACAGGAACAGAAGUCAAUCCUAGGGAAGUUGCGUCUGACAUGAGCGGUCCCAAGCUUCCCUUCUGGGAAAGUGGCAUGCAGCACACUGUCGAAUGUUUUGUUUUCUUUGUUUAUAGCCCCAAUUAAGAAAAUGCAUCCUGUAAGGUUAAUCCUGUGCAUUGUUGAACCUGCUGAUCGUAUGGUAUCCAACAAGAUGACAGUUCAGUCUCCUGCCUCGCAGGCACUCAGCCCUGGUAUGAGCAAGUGGACAGGCUGAACGCUACCAGGGGCCCAAGGCAAACGAGAUGCUUUAUCCUGCGGGGUGAGCAGCACUUACGUAAGUCACUGCGAAUGGGGACAGCACCUGCAACUUCUCAACUCCUGCUUGGGAUUUAAUCACACUUAAAGCAGAGAGUAUAUAGUGGGGAUGGUCAUUAAAAAUGGAGAGGAUUUUGUUCCGCUAGCUCAAGUUUUUAGUUUGCUACCCCUGAAGAGUACUGAACUCCAUUAGGACAGCAACGUCCAGGACAGUGGACUUACAUGUUCUGUGUCGUCCCCGCUUGUGGAGAGUUGCAGCAGAGGAUAUCUUAAGCUCGUCUGUCCGCAGUAGUUGCUUCCUCUUCAUUUUUCACCCGGAGCAUGUUAAUCGACUCAAAAUUCCGAAAAUACGUGUGUCACAGUUUUUGGAUCCCCGUCCUUGCAGCAGCCGGCCCUGGAGUCCUAUGUCCAUUAGGCUGCCCAGGCUCAGGUUGAACAAAGUGCUAAGCUCUGGGAGAACCCUGGAGCAGAAUCAGUAUUGCUUCUAAAGUUGCUGAUUCUAACCUGGUCCUCCUCAAGUUCCUUUGCUGGCAGUGGCUGAUUCCAGGGCACCGUGGUGAGUGCUGAGUACUCCACUGCGUCCCAGCUCAUCGUGGCCUUUGUGCAAGGAUUGCGUCACCAGACCCGUGUUAGCCACAGGUGCAUUCUCUGUCCUGUCAGCCCAAAGUCAAGAUUUGGAGAGUCCCGACCAUGUGUCUUACAGCUCUGACAGUUCCAGGCCAUUUCACCCAGGGCCGCUGUACUGUGAGCCCACUGGCACUGCACCCGUUGUGAGAAGGGCUCAGUGGCUCAGGGAGCCAGGACAGACACCGCUGUCACACUUUGGUGAUGUGGGCUUUUUUUCCAGAAUAAUCUCAUUGAGGUUAAAGUGGUUCCAUGUUGAAAUGUAUCAAGAUCACUGGUAUGAGCAUAAAACAGAAAAAGACCAAAUUACUUAAGCAAAUACCACUUUGAAGUCACUCCUGAAGUGUUCUUAAGGAAGCAAUGUUACCAUCUCUGGCAUUUGGAAUAGAAGUGUGCAAUUUGGAGCGUUUUUAUUGUCUAAUUCCUGCCGUAAGGCCAGGGUUCGCUUUCAGAUGUAGUCUUGGUUGCAUGUUCCAUGAUUGCCCUGCACAGAGGGAGUGAUGGCCAGCUUUUCGGUAGUCCAGCUGUGGUGAUGUUGGUGAUGGCGGCGGUGCCGUGGGUUCUCGGGCCGAGUGGCCACGUGCUCACCAGAGUGUAGUCUCUAGAUGGACACACUUUGCUCUUCCGCAUGUUACAGACUCUGGCUGGAUUUAGUGCUUUCACUGAGGGGGGACAAAGCCCGACUCUGGUGGCUCCAUUUCCUGCAGAGAAGCCCCGCUCCCGGGCGCACCCUGUGUGUCCACUUACCUGAUCUCAUGCGCGUGUGGAAGCUCAGUGCCCCCUUUCCAGCGUCGAGAGCUGUAUAUGCGGUGGGGUUAGAGGUGUUUUCCCGUCCUCUAAAGCCAGGCCCUGAAGGUGUCACUGGGCGACAGGCUGUUCUCCCGGGAGGCCCCUGAGGACGUCCCAAGCCAGCAGAGCACAUGCCCCACAGGCUGCCUGUGCCCAGCUACGCCAGCGGCGGCUCUGUAAUUAUGUCUUAACAUUGAUGCGAAUUUCUAAACCCAACUCCUGGAGACAGGGUUCUGGUCCUCCUCCUUGUGUGCCUCCGCUCGUGUGCACUGCACACAUCCAACCCUGGGCCCAUCAGCAGCGUCGUGGCUGUACAGAUGUAUAGGCUUGUAUGACUGACUGAAUGUACACGUGUCUAUAUCUCCUACCUGUACAGUAUGUAUAUAGUAAUGUGUAUGUGUACAUAGGUGUACAUUAUGUAUACAAACAUGUAGCCUUCUAGCCCGAGUUUCCUUAUGUUUAAAGAGCUCAUUAUGAUAGUCAUUCAUCUAAGUUGAUGUGGGUGUUCAAGGUCCCUCAGCAGGAAGAUUUGCCCAUUUCUAAACUCCCGUUUCCCUUUUGGGGAACUUAGCUGGGAAGGGCCACAAAGUCCGUCUCCAUCCUGCACAAGGGAGAAUUCCCGAUGGGUAAAGUGCGGACAGAGUGACUUCUUGUAUUUUCUCAAGGUUCAGACAAGGGCCAGAAAGCUCUGAGAGUUCAUCCUGAAGCCCAGAACUCAAGUGGGAAUUUUUCAUGGACUUGCCAUGCUCCUUUCUGGCCCAGCUGGAAUGAACCUGUGGUUAGAGCCCGUGCCUUCCCCAAUGCUCACAGCACCUUUGCGGGUUCCAGAGCCAGGGGUCAGGGUCACAACACGGUCCUGGCAGCAGGUCCUUUGCACCAUCAGCAAAGCCGGGAGGGCACUGCCCUGGGACUCGGCCCAUGACUUCUCAUCUCUGAUGCCAGCUGAAAACUCCAUCCCCCCAGUGUUCUUCUGAAUCAGCAUGAUGCCAAUGGCUAACCUUGGUGGCACCUAAGCCACAGGUUUUGAAUUCUCUAACUGUAGGCAUACAAGUGUAAAUUAUGAUGCAAAUUUUUCAGAUAAAAAUUGUAUUUUUGUGCCCUUAAGGCUACAGAGGGCAGAUUUUUUCCUGUGCAGGUCUAUUAUGAAUUUUCGCCCUUUAGCAGGCUUUAAACGGAGACGUGGCACUUGGGAGCCAGGGCCCAGCCACUGGGAGAAAUCACUGGCCAACUACAAGCACUCAGAAUCCACAGGCUGCUCUUUUUCUUACAAUCAGCCAUCAAAUGUUGGCAGACACUUCGUGAGCCCACAGUGCUCCGUGCUUUUCGUGACACGUGGGUCCUUCAGCCUCCCCAUUUUGAUGUAAAGAAAGCAAGCCGGUUGCUGGCCUCACCCACCUGUGGUUGUGCCAUUGCCUGGCGCGACAAUCACCCUGGUCAGAGUGGCUUUCCAGGCCAAAUACAGAUGGAAGCAGCACUGUCUCUAAAUGAAAAUUUAGAAAUUUUCAAUUUUCUUUUGGGGCUAUUUAUCUCAAAAGCAAUCUAAGAAAAAUUAUUCACUUAAAAAAGAAUGUCAUGUUUUUAUCCCAGCUGUACAUAUUUCAGUUAAGAAGCCAACAGUUUUUAUGUCUCAAUACUUGUAUACAUACAACAGAAAAAACACUAAACAUUCAUCAGCUGACAGACUGUUAGGAUUUGGAUAACAUUUGCAAAUAGACUUUUACAUUAAAAAUAGCUUCGGAGAAGUAUCUUUUUUUUCAACCACCACAUUCAAGGACUCCAACGCUGCCGCCAUGUACAACUCAAGUGCUGAGAUAUUUUUCUAUAGUUCCCCGUUCUCCCACUUACCUUGUAAACCAGUGUUCAACUAGUUUUAUAAUGGAAAAGCUGCACACUUUUCAUAGUACCAACCAUAAUUUUUAUCUGUAGUUUGGACUUCUUUAAGAGGUAGCUGCAUUACCAGCCCUUUUAAAAUUUGGGUGUUAGGUUUUCUUGGGACCGUUUCUGUAACCUCUGCCCUUCACAAUAUGAAAUCAAAGAUUGUUUAUGCCAUUACUUGUAAUUCCGGGUUUAAAAACCUGUCCAAAGCUGUAGCUUUACAGCGUGCUUCCCCUGUGAAACCAGCUUGGUGUAUGUAAUGGCAUUUAAAAAUGGCAUGUUCUUUUUAAACUCAAUUUUAUAUCUAAUCAAUGUCUUCAGUCUUGAAGAAUUUGCAUUGUUGUGUUUGUACAUAGAGUAUUGCAGUGCAUGAAUUAGCUUUAUGCAUUUUAUGAAAUGCUGUCUCUGUGGCAUUACUGUUGUGGCUUACUCCUCCCACUUUAACGAGGUUUCUACUAUUAAAGCAACUUACAGACUCA